UUUUUUUUAUAUUUUUUAUUUGAAUCUAAACUGGGGUUUAGCUCUUAUUAGUUGAAUUUUGCUUGAUGGUUUUUUUUUUCAAUAAUAUCAGGGUAGUUGUUUCUCUUUCAAUUUUUCACAUCAUUUGUGUUUUGUUGCAAAUACAUACAUGUAAAAUUAUAGACUUUAAUGGAAUCUCUUGAAUUGAUAUUAAAUAUUUUUGAUAAUUUUUAGGUUUCUUAGAGAACAAAGUAUACUAAUAUCAGUUUAUGUAAUUUGGGCAUUUUUGUUUUUAAAUGUUGGUUUUCUAGGUGCUAUAAGCUAUUUGAGACUGGGCUUGAUUAAUGGCAAUGCAUAUAUAUUGCUAUCCUUUUGGUUCGCAUAGGACUGGAAUUUGGAAUUGUUGCAGAGAGAGAAACUUGCUUUUGGAUGCUUACUUGUAAACUAGAGCAGCCCAAGUUGGUUUUUUUUUAAUUUUAUUUGGAUGCUCAAUUUUUAAUACAAGUUCGGUGAUUGAUAAGUGGUUCUUCGAGUUAGUUUCAGUGAUUUCUGUUAUUAGAUUUGGGUUGGUGGGUUAGCUGCUACAUUCUUUGCAUCAUGCCAGUUGUUCAAAAACUGUAUGAUGCCUGCAAAGAGUCUUUCUCGGCUAAUGGUCCUGUUUCUGAAGAAGCUCUUGAAAAAAUCCGUGCUAUUCUAGAUCAAAUGAAGCCUUCUAAUGUGGGUCUCGAACAGGAAGCACAGUCAGCAUGUCAAUGGAAAGGUCCCAUAAAUGGUACCAAUGGAAGAAAAGGGCACAAUGGGAGACUUCAGUACCCACCUCCUAUCAAAUAUUUGCAUUUGCACGAGUGUGACAAAUUCUCUAUAGGGAUCUUCUGUAUGCCACCUUCCUCCAUCAUACCACUUCAUAAUCAUCCUGGAAUGACUGUGUUGAGCAAGCUUCUUUAUGGCUCUUUGCUUGUAAAAUCUUAUGAUUGGAUUGAUCUACCUGGUUUUAAUGAUCCAUCCCAAGCAAGACCUGCAAGACUUGUUAGAGAUUAUGAAAUGACAGCACCUUGUGGUACAACAGUUCUAUAUCCUACCAGUGGUGGCAACAUUCAUUGUUUCAAAGCCUUGACACCCUGUGCUCUGUUUGAUGUUCUUUCACCACCUUAUUCCUCAGAAGAUGGGCGACACUGCUCAUAUUUCCGACGGACCCCAAAACGAGAACUGCCAGAAGGAACUGAAGCAUUGUGUGGCAUUGAACCCUCUGAAAUCACUUGGUUAGAAGAAACUCAACCUCCAGAAAACUUCGUGGUAUGGAGGGGGCUGUACAAAGGCCCUCCUAUUAGACGUUAAAAGGUUUUUUGUUAUAUUUUUUGGACAGGAUGUACAAUACCAUCAAUCAGAUUAGAUGAACAAAUGAAGAACUAAGGAAUUUAUUGCUGAAAAAGUUAGUUGCUGAAAAAGUUAGUUGUCAACUAACAUGGGCAGGCAGUAAUAAUCACUUGUUGGCAUUGUCAAGGUAUUUGCUGUACAUAUUUUAUGUAUUGGAGUCGGUGAUAAAUGGCAAUUGGGGAAAAAAAAAGAAUGUGUUCUUUUUUCCCUUAUAUUUGAUUGGUCAUUUUUGCAAUAAAUGAGUUGCUCGAAGAGUAUUUUUCUUAA